AUGCCCUACGACUUCAGUAUCUGCAAAGAGGCAGUUCUGGGCAUCAUUUACGGCGACCGAGCGAUCGGCAGCAUCACCAACGAAACGAUCCAUGACUACCUCUGGCAUGGUCCAAUUACAGGCCUCGAUGCCAACUCACGAGCUGAUUUUCUUGCGAUUACAUACCAAGGCUGCGUUAAGAUCUGCGGUGGCGGUAAAAUAGCCUUAAACGACACUUCGAAGGCGCUAAACAUUGCCGCAACCUGGAUCUUUCCACUUGCUAUCCUGUUCAGCCUUCCAUGGGAUUCCCUCCAUCGCCGGAAGGUUCGAAGAACACUCGAGGCUGUGUCGAACUGGCUCGGAUCCCCGCAGACAGCGCUCACGGCGACGAUCUUCAACUUCCGUCAGAUCAGAGAAUGUCAUCGCCGGGUCAAAGAUGUGAGCCGUGAGAUGCAGUCGACGGCCAGUGACACAUACUACACACUGAGCUGCUUGAGCCAAUUCGAAUUGCCGCGAGAUAAGGCGGUUCAAGAAGAAAUGCUGCGUGUGCUUGUACGUUAUACUGUUGCGGCAACUUCUGUCGAUGAUGGCAUAUCAACUCCGGAUACUUCGGAGAAGAGGCGUCAUCCCGACCCUCGCCAGUCUCGCGACCUUGUAGCUUUUAUAUUCUCGGUGGUGCUUGCGUUUGCAGAGUUGGGAGACAAUUCGACGGCUCACUCACUUGCCCUUGGCCUGUUGCUAUGUUGGCUUCCUAUUCUUGUCAUCUUCACAAUUGUGGAUCGGAAUCCUAUCUCCGCGGACCGCUCUGCAGAGCUGCUGAGUCGGUGGCUUCACAAUGUGCAUGCGAUUAGGGAAUGGGCCCUGAACCAAGGGCAAAGUCCUGCAGCCAUUGCUUGGUGGAACUUGCCCAAUGCAGGGAGAGAGCGUUUCGCAAUCGGCGAUUUCAUUGGGCAGGGCCGACGUAUGCAAUAUGCUGGCUUGACCUCCGCUGUAAUCGAAGAGACUGAGAAGUACCAAAGCCAGUUCGACGCGUCGAUCCGCUCAUUCGACAUCGUGGCAGAACGUGUUGACGUCCGUAUAUACCGCAGGCCGGUGUCUUGGUGGGUCAUCACUGUUAUCUCUGCCUCCAUAGUUUGGCUAGAGAUCAUGAUGGCUUUCAUGGUUGCAUUCACGACGCCAACGGUCGGACUGGGCUGCCGCUCCUUUAGUGACGCUAUGCUUGCAUUGCUUAGCUCGGUAAGCUGGUGUCUCAACAUCCUCUUUUCUACACCGACGACGCUCAUUCGGAUUAUAUCGCACUUCUUCAAUGCCAUCACCACCUUAGUCCUUAUCGCUAUCAUCGGGUUCCAACUUACGGGCGGAAUGAACAACUGCUGGUGCAAGGCAUCUCUGUUCAACUAUCCGCUGUUGGGCGGCUAUGUCGAUUUCGAGAACGCAGCGUUUUACAGAGAGCACUUCAAUGUUGCAAAGUAUUGGGCGCUUGGCACAUGUUUUGGGGGGCUCGUACCCCUCCUCGCUUUCGCCGUGGCCGUCUUCUGGUGGUUGAAGUGUCAACACUUAUGGCGCUUCACGCAAGCAGCACGUGGCUUCGCUAGUGAAAUCUCCGAGGACGACAAAAUUACACCUCCUGGAACCAAGAUACAUGACUCACGCAACGGGCCAUCAUUGAUCAGUUCAACGCCCCCACACCGAAGGUUGGCACCUUUGACGCAUUCAGGAAGGAUGGACUGGCAACAGAACCCUCGCCAUCUCCAUCAAAGUCCAACUGGCGCAAGCUCUAGCUUUCAGCGGUCAAGACCAGAUUCAUGGUUGGCUCCGGGACCUCGUACAUUCUUGAACAUGGUGCUCCUCAUUAUUCGAAAGAGAUGA